UGUCCAGUCUACGCUUCAAAUUCUUCAGACCAGUUUCGGCAACUCCCUUUAGGGCGCUCCCGUGUUUUGAUGCAACCGUAUAAUGUAGUCAACACUUUCCAUUAUAUUCCCACGCAUUUUUAACUUUAAUAAAACUCGUUAAUGUGACCUUGUAAUUACUUUGCAAAAGUUUUACCGUAAGCAAUUAUGCAGCCCUAAAGGGAUCUUCUCGCCAGCUGGAAGUCCAGAGAAGAUGGAAAAUCGAUCUCCUUAAGAAACGAAGCGAGAUGGGAAAAUGGGAGCUGACAAUGAACCCAGUGCAGGAAUGGGGUGAGGAAUUUGAAGAUGGUGCAGUAUACGGGAUCACGCUGCACCGGGUGCCCGUCUCGUCCUCGCCCGACCCCCGCUGCAAUCCAUCGUGCGCUUUCGUCCAGUACCGAACCAACAAAGUGCGGCGUCUGAAGGCUGCCAGCUUGCAAAUGCUCGUGAGUCACCUCCUGGACCCCGACUGUCCGGAGCACGACUACGGCAGGAUCUUCCUCUCCACGUACAGAACAUUCACCAGCACGGAAAAACUGUUGGAGCUCAUCUUCCAAAGAGACACUCCAGCAUUAGACUUGGAAGACAGCGAAUGCAACCUGAGUCCUCUGUUAGCCUUCAUCCAGACAUGGUUGGACGAAUACAGUGAAGACUUCAGGGAUCCUCCGCUUCACUCUGGGCUGCAACUUCUUUUGGAUCACCUUCGGAUCAGCUCUGCUGUGCACGUCCGACUUCACUGUCAGCCCAACUUCUGUUCCUUGGCCGGGCAAACGGAAAAUUUACUUCGGAGGUUCCAGAACGAAGAUUCUGAGACACGUACGAGCCAACGACAUGAGCCGCUUUCAGGUGAUGACGAUUCCGAAUGUGAGCGUUCGCAAGACCGAGAGGACAUUCUGGAUUUCUCAGCCAGAGCCAUCGCAGAGCAACUCACUCGCAUGGAUUCUGCUUUAUUUGUCAAAGUGGCACCUUACCAAUGUUUGGGCUGCAUCUGGUCACAAAGAGACAAGAAGGAGAACAUGUCUCCGACCAUCAGGGCCACCAUCGCACAGUUUAAUGCCAUUACCAACCUGGUCAUCAUAUCCCUCCUCUGCCGACCUGUGUCCGCCACCUCUGGUCCGACACCGGCGCAACGAGCUCGAAUCAUCGAGAAGUGGAUCAGUGUAGCGCAGGACUGUCAUCGUUUGAAGAACUUUUCCUCUCUCAAGGCAAUCCUGUCCGCUCUUCAGUCCAAUGCAGUCUACAGACUAAGAAAGACCUGGACUGCAGUUAGCAGGGACAGCAUGGUUACGUUUGAUACGCUGUGUGAAACAUUUCCUGAUGAAAACCGUCUGCUGACCAACAGAGAACUCCUGGUGGAGAAUAGUUCCAGUGGCGUGGUGCCUUACCUGGGUACCUAUUUGACCGUCCUCACCAUGCUCGACACGGCCCUGCCGGACACAGUGGAGGCUGGACUCAUAAACUUUGAGAAGAGGAGGAGGGAGUUUGAGGUUCUGUCCCAAAUCCGUGUACUGCAAAUGUCCUGCACUCAGUUCAACCUGCCUCAUCAUCCCAGAAUUGCUGCUUGGAUGCAAGGACAUAAACUGCUCAGUGACCAAGAAAGCUAUGAACUUUCAAGACAGCUGGAGCCUCCGGCGGAUGUGUCUUCACCAACCACUUGGAGCCACAGAACACUCACAAAGAAACUUUCCUCUCUCUUGACAAUGAGCGAUGGAUCCAAAAAGCUCCCAGCAGACCAGAUCAGUGUUUUAUCUUCGGAAUCAAGUAGUUCUGAGUUGGAAGAUCUGUCCUCUCCAAACUCUUCCUGUUCCAUCAGAUUACAGUCCUUCCACAGUUCUUGCAACAACGUAUCCGAGGUCUUCUCUUCCCCCUCCUCCUCAUCUUUUUCAUCAUCCUCUCCUUGCUCCUCGACGACCUCGUCCCCAGACUCCCAAACCCCCGUGGGCUCGUCUUCCGACUCCCUCUGCAGCUCCGCCACAACUCGGCCUUUGGCGGACUCCCACCACAAACGUUCCGUGUCCAUGACCUCCCUGCCCGUCUACAACCGCCAAAGCGCCGACUCCUGUAUUGUGAGGGUCAGCGUGGACCUGGGUCAUAACAAUGGCAACAUGUACAAGAGUGUCUUGUUGACCAGCCAGGACAAAACCGCGCAUGUGAUUCAACGGGUUUUAGAGAAACAUCAUCUGGAUCACAUGACCUGGCAGGAAUUCACUUUGACGCAGGUCAUCUCGCAGGAGAGAGAGUUGCUCAUACCAGACAAAGCAAACGUCUUCUACGCCAUGUCAACGACGGCCAACUUUGAUUUUGUCCUGCGUCGGUUCCUCAAAGGCCACAAGAAACCGCUGAGAGCUACUUCUAGUCUUGGCCGCUACACAAAAUAGAAAUGGAACUUUCAAUAGUUGUAAAAGAGAAACCUGUCGUGGUCCUCUUUUGCUGGCAACAAAGAGGAGAAAAAAAAAAUGUGAAGCUCUUAUGGUAGCAAAGACGAAAAAAAAAAAGAAGCACUUUAUGAAUGAUUCUCACUAGAAUGGGGACUAAACUUUAAAAUACCUGAUGUAUUGUGACUGUGUUGGAAUAGCCACGUUUAGCCAUUUUAUUAGGCACAACAAUUCUACCUUUAUAAAGCUGACAAUGCUUCCGAGUGACAUUUUCACUAUGGUAGGGUACAAAAUUAUAAUUAUAGCAUUUUUUUUAUUUUUUAUGUUUUGGUCACAAUGAGCACAUCUCCUUAUGAUUUAGUGCAUUUUAAAAAAUGUAGCGUUAGAUCAAUAUCUCUAAGAUCAUUAUUAUCUUUGUAAAGGUAGAUUUGUUUUGGGGGGGGGGGGGGUGUAGACUUUUUCAUUGGAUUUACCAGUUGUGGCCGAUGCGUGUCUAUUAAUCAAACAGUUCCUUGACCUUUUUUCCCCAAGGGUAUUCUUACCAGAAAGACUGCCGCUAGUUGUAUCAUGCUGUAUGCAACACUGCAAAAAAAAAAGAA